AGACGGUCCCUGAGCCUGUGGGAGUUCCUCUUGGUUCUCGGUGCUGAUGCAGAAAACCAAGAGCAUCCUGACCUGACGUUGACGAAAACUACCGUUGAAAAGUGAUGGCUGUAUGACUUGAGCCCGGGAGCAGAGGAGAACCCAUGGCAGGCUCGGAGCUGUCGGGGGCGGGGAUCCCCAGCGGGGCGAGGGACACGGAGCUGGACGUCCUCAGCUUUCUGGACACACUUGGGGCGGACAACGGGACGGCGGAGCGAUGCUACAGGUCCCACUCGCGCAGCAGCGUGCUGCAGGGCCUGCCCUUCGGGGGCGUGCCCACGGUCCUCGCCCUCAACGUCAUUCUGUGGCUGUUUUUGCUGCUGAUCUUCUCGUGCCUGCGGAAAGCAGCCUGGGACUACGGUCGCCUAGCUCUACUGAUGGACAAUGACAGUCUCACGUCCCUGUUCUACGGGGAGCCGAGCGAGAAGGAGAAGUCCCCAUCGGAGUCCAGUCCUUCGGACACGGAUGUGAGCAAGGACGUGGGCUUCUGUUCCUGGCUGACAUCACUCUAUCAUAUGAAGGACGAGGAGAUCCGGAGCAAGUGCGGCAUCGACGCCACCACCUACCUGUCCUUCCAGCGCCACAUCAUCCUGCUCAUGAUGGUGGUCUGCCUGCUGUCCGUGGCCGUCAUCCUGCCCAUCAACUUCUCUGGAAACCUGCUGGGAGACAGCCCUCAAAAUUUCGGAAGGACCACGGUGGCUAACGUCCCAGCACGGGACAGUUUUCUGUGGCUGCACAGUGUGUUUGCGCUGCUGUACUUCAUCAUCACAGCUCUGUGCAUGGCCCACCACUCCUCGCGUCUGGAGUACAGGGAGGACGAGAAGGUGGCCAGGACACUCAUGGUGACUGACAUCCCAAAGGACAUCUCCGAUCCUGGACUCAUCACUAAGCAUUUCCACGAGGCCUACCCCAGCUGCACCGUCACCGACAUCCGCUUCUGCUUCGACGUGCGGAAGCUCAUGAAGCUGGACGCGGAGCGGCGGAAGGCGAUGAAGGGCCGGCUCUACUUCACAGGCAAGGCCCAGAAGGAGGGCAGAAUCAUGAUCAAGACGCACCCCUGCGCUCAGAUCUUUUGCUGUGAUAUAUGUGGCUUUGAGCAGGUGGAUGCAGAGCAGUACUACAGCGAGCUGGAGGAGAAGCUGACCGACGAGUUUAACGCUGAGAAGAACCGAAUUUCACUCAAGAGGCUGGACAUGGCCUUCAUCACGUUCCGAGACGAGAGGAUGACCGCGGUCAUCGUCAAAGACUACGGCCGUACCCGUUGCCGUCGAAGACCCCAGCAGUCCAGCAUCACUACCGUGGUCCGGUCCCACAAAUGGGGUGUGGGUUAUGCCCCGGCCCCCAAUGACAUUAUUUGGGAGAACCUGUCGGUGCGCGGCUCCCGCUGGUGGCUCCGCUGCGUCCUGCUCAACAUCUUCCUCUUCCUCCUGCUCUUCUUCCUCACCACGCCCGCCAUUAUCGUCAACACCAUGGACAAGUUCAAUGUCACCAGACCCGUCGAGAGCCUCCGGAACCCCAUCAUCACCCAGUUCUUUCCCACCCUCCUCCUGUGGGCCUUCUCUGUGCUGCUGCCCUUCAUCGUGUAUUACUCCGCCUUCUUUGAGUCUCAUUGGACCAGGUCCAAUGAGAAUCAGAUAACAAUGCACAAAUGCUUUUUACUCCUGGUCUUCAUGGUGAUCGUUCUGCCCUCUCUGGGUCUCUCCAGCUUGGAUUUAUUCUUCCGGUGGCUUUUUGACAUUCACUUCCUGGAUGAAAGGGAUAUCAAAUUUCAGUGUGUGUUCUUGCCUGACAACGGUGCCUUCUUCGUCAACUACGUCAUCACCUCCAGCCUGAUAGGCACCGCCAUGGAGCUGUUGCGGAUCCCUGCGCUGAUGGUCUACGCCCUGCGCCUCUGCUUCGCCAAAUCUGAGGCGGAGCGCAUCCACGUGAAGAGGAGCCAGGCUUACGAGUUCCAGUUCGGCCUGGAGUACGCCUGGACCAUGUGCAUCUUCGCCGUCAGCAUGACCUACAGCAUCACCUGCCCUAUCAUCGUUCCCUUCGGACUGCUGUAUUUGGUUCUGAAGCACCUGGUGGACCGGUACAACAUAUACUACGCUUACGUCCCUACCAAGCUCAACCAGCGCAUCCACUCGGCUGCUGUUAGCCAGGUCAUCGUGGCCCCCGUCCUCUGCAUGCUCUGGCUGCUCUUCUUCUCCGUGCUGAGACUGGGUCCAAUGCGUCCCAUCACCCUCUUCACCUUUGUGUCCCUGCUGUCCUGUAUUGCUUUCUCCCUCUUCCGCAUAUGUCUGAAGAAACUACAGCCUGCCAAGCCUACCAGCUACCAGAUGUCUGAUCAGCCUGUAGAAGGAGGCUUCAAUGACACAGAGAGGAGCAGUGUGUCAUCCACGCCCAACUCCAAUCUGUUUGUUGCAUCAGUGCUGCAGGAGCCGGAGCUGGGCCUGACUCCUAUGGCGUCCCCAGCCCACCAGAGCUACGGCACCAUGGGCACCCGGCGAGGCUCCUCCCGGGGGCCAGAGGAGGAGGCCCAGUCACAGACCUACGAAACGGAGCUGCAGGAGCCCCAGGAGCCCCAGGACCCCUUUUCCUCCAGCCCCCUCACAGACGCCCAGGAGGGCUACCAGUAACACCCAUGCACCCCACAAAUACCCCCGCAAUCUUGGGCAGGGACAGCCUGCUCUCAAAUGCGACACCGCCAAGAAAUUAAAGAAUGAGAAAUGCGCUGCAGUUUUCCUUCAAACUCGACAUUCAACCCAACUGCCUCAAAGCCUCUAACUCAAAGCUUACCGGAGAGCUCCUAGACCUCCUCCCUGUUUGAGCCUUUGAAACCAUGGGCUCGGCUCACUGGUUCCACUGCUGAUACAGUCCCUCCUCCCCAAGAGUUAGCGAUGCCAGUUCCCAGUGUCUGACGCCGUCGGACCAGGGUAUCAGAGCGACGAAAUGACCACAUAUUCCAACUGCACAGACCCUGAGUGCAAAGCCUCCUCACCCUGGAGAAUAACCAGUUCUCUCUAUUGAAAAAAUGUCCUCGCUGCGUGCUGCCGACAGGCGCCGAGCCAGACGUCUUCUCCGACGGCUGCUCUCCCACUCCUUUCUGCCGUUUCUCAAGGUUUUUUUUUUUUUUUUUCCCUUUUCUGAAGCCUGGCACAUUUUGGUCUGCGUGUCCGUGCCGGCUUUGGCCGGAGGACCGGGAGCAGAUGCCUGUGUCGGUGGUGGCAUGGGACGUCGGCUGUGACAGGUGAACGUUGGCAGCAUGGCUUAUUCCUGACCCCUCGGCGCCGCCUGAACAUUCAUCACGGAAACCCGGCGCUGUCAGCAUCGGUUCACCCCCACCACACCACCACCCCCCCUCCCCC